CACACGAAAAACGCGGGAUAUACAAAUCCAUAAAUAACCGCUAACUGAAUGGGAACGGUGUAGUCGAUUGACUAGACUACCAUCGAUUAAACUUGACCACAUACUUGGAACCGUACGGGAACAACAGAAAUUGAGAACAAACUGGUUUAUACUAGAACAUAAAAAGGUUUUGUUGGAUUUAUGGAGUUAUUGUACCAUGAGGAUAUUCCUAUCGAUCUGAUCACGGAACAACUUACUGGUUGCACUUGUGAAAAUAUUUGCUGCCUAGGAGAUGAUUGUGCUUGCUUAUCGAAAUGUAGAACGUCAUACGAUAUGAAUGGGUUACUGGUUGACUUUGUGAAUCCAGUUUUCGAAUGCAAUAGUGAAUGCCUUUGUAGCCAGUUGUGCACUAACCGAGUCGUCCAAAGAUAUCUAAAUGAUGCUGAAGAUACAUAUGAAUCUGAAUACCAUGCAAAAACCUGCGUGACCAAUUAUCCAGUUAUGGGUAGAGGCUUAUCAGCUGCUUGUGAUAUCCAACGUGGGGAACUCGUUUGUGUCUAUUUGGGUGAAGUGAUCCCAUACAAAGAGGCUUGCCUGCGGGAAGCUCGUCAGCGUUCUUGCCAUGGUCGUAAUUUCAUUUUGAUAAUGCGUGAGUAUAGUGACGAUUCCCUUGUAUCAGAGACGUGUGUUGAUGGGGAUUCUGAAUCGUGGGGUUCAAUAAAGUCGAAAGCACGCCUAAUUAACCAUUCUUGCACACCUAACCUAACAGUAAUUCCUGUUCGAGUUGAUAGUUUCAUUCCUUAUUUAGCACUAUUUGCUAACAAAAUUAUCUUAGAGGGUACACAACUGUCAUAUGAUUAUGCUCAAUCUGUGCCUAGUGAAAAAAUACAAUUAUCUAACACCCUUUGCUUAUGCAACUCGGACUCAUGUCGCAUAUACAUGCCUGGAGUAUAAAUACAUCUAAUUUAGAAGAAAUUCGAGUGUCUUGAGUUACAUUCAAAGAUUAUACUUCUUGAAUAGUUUCUUCGAACCCUAAUCUUUUCCAUUACCGCUUAUACGUCUUCUUCAUGGGUUUUGAAUUUAAAAUUGCAUCUCUUUACAGAGGCUGAAUGGCAGUCUAAACUGAUGUACGAACUGACGUUUUUCCACUUUUCCUUUAGGUUGAUCGUGAUGCUGAAUUUUGAAUAUAAUUAGCUUUUAAAAAUGAGAUCGCACAAAACACUGUUGUGCAAAUUUAAUGAAUGUGUAAUCGGUAGGCCUUUGAUCACUAAUACUGAAAAAUUAUCGACUAUCCUAUCAAAUGUAUAUAAUUAAUCAGUGACUCCAUAGACUGACUUGUCCAAGGCAAUCGUGGUAUAUAGUUCCUCUGUUUUUUCUACUAAGUGAAGUUUCUGUACUUAAUUUUUUUUAAAUUGAAGAUUCAAUAAGGAGAAAUAUUAUAUGUUAAUUUGGACAUGAAAUUCUAUGUGAAGGUCUUCAAUCCCACUGUCGUCACAAAAUUUCGGAACGCUUAUCAUGAUUUGAUUAAAUUCAUUUUGAUAUUGUUCAACACUUUGGAGAUUUGUGCUAUAAAUGGGGCUUUGCAUUCGCAAAACGCAUUACAAUCUCUUUUCAGUACGAGAUGCUCUGUUAUUAUUUUUACCGUAUGUGUUUAAAUCAUAUUCUGAGGUCAUUUUAACAUGCAAAUCUAUAUCUAGUUACUGAGUUCUGCCAUUUUUAUUGCAAACUUUUAGCCUCCAUCCUAGCUGAGUUUCUGUAUCGAAC